UCUGCCUCAGGAUUGUAAAACCCGGACAAAUCUCUUACAACGACAAAACCGCCCGGACGCCCGGACAGGAGCACAACAAGAGGACAUGUCCGGGGAAAACCGGACGUAUGGUUCUCUGCUUGAUUACAAACAACUAAUUCAAUAUCCAGUUCCAUUACAGAAGAAGACAAUGAUUUGGACCUUUUGGUUUCUAGAGAACACUGCUGCACCACUGUUGAGAAUAGGCCCCAGAGAUCCAGACCACAUGCACUGCAGCCAGCAAUGAGGCAGGAGGCAAAAGAAAAGAAAAUCAGAUUCAAUCCUUCAAACAGGCUCCUCAGCAAUCCAAACCGGACGCAGGUAUUUAGAUCAGUUUUCAAGACAUUUGUGGGACUGCAAUGACAAGCAGGAACAGUAGCCAUGCAGAAAAAACAGAUACAAUGUCUUCAAAGCAGUCUGCACCAAAACUGCAUGUUCAGAGGUCAGUUUCCAAAGAAACAAUUACCAUCCACUUCUCUGCAGUUGGGAAGGAGGAGGAAGAAGAAGAAGAUGAUUAUGAAGAAUCCACUAUUGUAGAACAAGACCAAAGCACUGUAACCGCACUUGAAGCUAAAGAGGAUCUUUCCUUUGAACAUGAUGGCAGUCAUGUAUCGGGAUCCUUUAACACCUCUCUUGUAUCACUUGAACCAUCCUCUGCCUUUCUCUCAUCCACGUCUACUUUGAAGUCAGAAUCUCCUGCCAUUUUACAAAUCUCCCCACAAGUGUUUGAUUUAGUGCCAUCCUCACAAUCUCAUUUAGUUGCUGCUUCUAGCUCAUCUAUUGUGUCAUUACCUUCUGAUCAGAAAUCAUUGGCAUCUUCUGCACUUUCUUCUCCUUCUAAAGCUGUUGUCCUGUCAUCCAGUGUGUCUCCAUCUACCAUUUCAAGUGCAAAACCUUUCAUUAGCCUUGUGAAGUCUCUUUCAACUGAUGUGGAGCCAAAAGAUUCUGCCUCACCAGUAAGACACAGACAUUUGAUGAAAACUUUAGUAAAGUCUUUAUCAACUGACACAUCUAAACAAGAAUCAGAGUCAAUGUCUUGUAAAACUUCAGAUUCUAAGCUUAAUCUUCAUUUAUUUAAACAGUUUACACAACCACGGGUUACUGGUGGAGAUUCCAAGACUGCUCCUUCAUCACCACUAACUUCGCCUUCAGAUCGCUCCUUUUUCAAAGUAACUGAAGUUGAGGCUAAAAUUGAAGACACUAGAAGACGUCUUUCUGAAGUAAUUUAUGAACCUUUCCAGCUUCUUAGCAAAAUCAUGGGUGAUGAUAGUAGUCAUAGACCUAAAGCUUUGUCUUCAAGUGCUUCAGAACUUUCUAACCUUUCUAGCUUAAAUGGACAUAUGGAAAGCAAUAAUAAUUAUAGCAUUAAAGAGGAGGAAUGUGAUUCUGAGGGGGAGUGCUCGAUGCCUGAAAUGGUUAAAGCUAACAGAGAGGACCUGAGCAGCAUAAAUGAACAUGUAAAAGAGGUGGAUACUAAAAAUCUAUUGUCAGCAAGCACAAAAGAAAGUAAUGUGAAGGCUACAUCUUUAGUACUUGAAAAAUGUUCAUUAUCAGCAUUAGCUAGCAAAGAAGUUGAAGAGUACUGUGAGCUUUACAAUGAAGACUUUUUUGAUUUAGAAGAAGAACUUGAAAGUGAUAAACUUUCUGAAAGUGCAUCUAAAAUAGAGGUUCAGGCAAAAGAAAUUGCACUAGUUAGACUAGAAGAAGAUGAUGAAGCAGAUGUUUAUGUUCAACUGCCCCAAGUACCACUGAAGACUUUACUGUUCUUUAUUUUGUUAGUGUAUGCCUAUUUUAUACUCCCUCUUCCUAGUUAUGUAAGUGGUCUCCUUUUUGGGACUGCUCUUGGAUUUAUGGUUGCCAUAGGUAUUAUAUGGGUGAUUGCACCAAACUGUAGUCAUGGCCAUCUGCAGAGUCAACGAAAAAAGCUGCAUGAGCAUAGCAGUGCAAGUCGUCUAGACAUCAAAGAGCCAGAAAUAUGGAAGGGCUGGAUGAACGAAAUCUCAAAUUACGAUCCAGAAACAUACCAUGCUACACUGACCCAUUCUGUCUUUGUUCGAGUAGAGGGAGCCACCUUGAGGUUGUCAAAACCCAACAAGAGCAUUUCCAGAAGAGCAAGCUUCAAUGAACCAAAACCUGAUGUCACCUUUGUUAGUCAAAAAAUUUAUGAUCUUACAGAUAGCAAGGUUCACCUUGUUCCAAAGGGGCUGGCUAGAAAACGAAUAUGGAAUAAAAAGUAUCCUAUAUGUAUUGAACUUGCCAAACAAGAUGACUUUAUGUCAAAGGCUCAGAUAGAAAAAGAAAGUUCAGAAGAGAAACCACUUUCUGAAAAAGCGGACCAAGUAGGUGAAGAGCAGAAAAAAACAGUUUGUCAAGAUGGACUGAAGAGUUCUAAUCAGAAAGACCUAGUGCUGUAUCUCUUUGGAAGGACUGGCAGGGAGAAAGAGGAGUGGUUUCAAAGGUUCCUUAUAGCUUCAAAACCCAGAUCUGAGUCCAAGAAGACAACCAGCAUAUCAGGAAGUAAGCCAGGAUAUUUGCCAUCACACAGUAGAAAUAACAGCCAAUCUGGAAUAUUAACGCACAGCCGCAACAGUAGCAAAGGAAGCUUAGAUGAUGUUCUGUCACAAUCAAAGCCAAAAGAUUUGGUAGCAAGUGUGCGACAGAAGGUUAUUUUAGAGUACUGUGUGUACAUGGCAAAACUGAUUCCACUGGAAAGCAAGAGUCCUUUGCUAAGUCCUAUCCACAGUGCUGAAAGCAGUCCUACAGCUACCAAGAAGCUGCCUGAUGACCACCUACUGGCAGGGGAAGAGCAAGUGGCAUGGGCAAAUGCCUUGCUUGGAAGGAUAUUCUGGGACUUCCUGGGAGAGAACUACUGGUCUAAUGUGGUAUCCAAAAAGAUCCAGAUGAAGCUUAGCAAAAUACGGCUGCCAUACUUUAUGAAUGAACUGACAUUAACUGAGCUUGACAUGGGAAUUUCUGUGCCUAAAAUCCUGGAAGCCUCCAAGCCUUCAGUUAAUUAUCAAGGGCUGUGGUUUGAUUUGGAGGUUUCAUAUGAUGGGUCUUUUCAAAUGACGUUGGAGACUAAAAUGAAUCUGACUAAACUAGGUAAAGAAUCAUUUGGAGAAGGACUCAAAAUUGGAGAAUUUGGCAAAGAAGGAGCUAGGCCAAGAGCAUAUUGUCUUGCGGACAGUGAUGAAGAGUCUUCAAGUGCAGGGUCAUCAGAUGAAGAUGAUGCUCCUGAAGCAAUGGGCGGAGACAAACCUGUAGUGCCCGGGAAUGAAGGGUAUGUUGGAGGUCAUCGAGCCAGCAAAAUAAUGCGAUUUGUUGACAAAAUUACAAAGUCCAAAUAUUUUCAAAAGGCAACGGAGACUGAAUUUAUUAAGAAGAAGAUCGAAGAAGUUUCAAACACCCCCUUGCUCUUAACGGUGGAAGUACAGGAAUGUAAAGGAAAAUUAGCUGUGAAUAUUCCACCACCACCUACUGAUAGAAUAUGGUAUGGCUUUCGUAAUCCACCACACCUUGAGCUAAAAGCACGUCCUAAGCUGGGGGAACGAGAAGUGACAUUAGCUCAUGUGACGGACUGGAUAGAGAAGAAAUUGAAGCAAGAAUUUCAGAAAAUUUUUGUCAUGCCAAAUAUGGAUGAUGUCUACAUUUCUAUAAUGCAUUCAGCCAUGGAUCCCCGGUCAACUUCAGUGUACUCUGAACCAGUUGCUGAUGCUGCUGAUCGACUGUGAAAUGUGAAGAUGUACAAUUUACAGUAUUAUUAAGUCAAUGGUAUCUCUCUCUCUCUCUCAGCUGAGCUGUAGCCAUACCACCUGUGCCAUCUUCAAGACCUCUUGCUCAAUGGCUUCAUUUUAAGUAGCCCAAGACCCUCUUCAUUGAAUGAUAUGUUUAAGAAAAGAUUUUGCUUAAAAGUAUACACAGCAAAGUUUUGUCAAGAAGUAGAUUAUAUUGAGAUAGGCCUUACAUCUGUAGUUGCAGAAGUGAGAGAAACACCUGUUAAGCUAGCAGGGUAAGACAGUUCCAUUUAUACAUUUUAGUAGUGUUUUGUAUUGCUUUCUCUUAAAUACUGGAAUACAAAUCUAAACCCUUUCAGUAGGACAGAACUUGCUUAUACCCACGUGCUCUGUAAAAAAAAGUAGUAAGGAAUGACGGCUGCUUACUUUGGUAUAAAUAAUCGCCUAAUGUGGGUUUGUUUUCUUCUGCUUUUCUAUUGUUGCUGUUCAUUAAAGAUGCUAGUACCCCAUUUUCCAAGCACUGUGCUGUAGGCUCCUCUUUUGCUCUUGAGUCAUUGUUGGAACCCUUGUCCUAUAGAAUUGAUUUAUGACCCUUUAGACAGCUGUGGUAUUUGCCUGCUUCUCUCUGGGUACCCUUCUGUGUUGCAAACAAGAAUAUUGCAUUUGUUUUUCUUCAUACUCAAUAAGCAGAUAAGAGGGUCUUUGUGGUUUGACUUCCCAAGGAUCCAUGUUUUUACCCUACACCUGCUUGUAGAGCUAUAAUAAUGUGAUUGUAUGUUCCAAGGUGCAGCUUUCUUCUGAGAAGGCAGCAAAGGGGCAGAAUGACCAUCUUUGUAAUGGUGUAAAUCAAGAAAAACUGAUUGGGUUAUGCAUAAAACUUUGAUGCCAAGGCUACAUACACAAGCCUAACUGGGAGGAGCACUGCUGUUCAUAUUUUAUGUGCAUCAUGGGCUAUGAAGUGUGGUAUGUUGUGCCCAGUCCUGUAUGUAAAGUACUAGCCAAAACAUUAAUUUCAACUAGCAUUUGACUUUUGGCUUGGAAAGUUGUUAAGGUGUCUUUCAUGUUAGCCAUGUGCACAAAUGUAUUUAUUUUUAUGAUAGUGAAGCUGGGGACAAUCUGCUAGCGUUGUGAACACUCACACUGUGUGUACAGCCAACUGUACAACCACUGCUGAAGGUUAUUAGGAUUUCUAAUUCACUCUGCCUUGCUCAUAAGACAUUUAAACAUCAAUCUGACACAAGUUUUCAGAAGGCAUUCUUCAGUCUUUCUGUUUACCAGGCUGUGAUGGCAGCAUCUAGAAGCACAACAGAGACAUAGAGUUGCACAUAUUUCCUUUACUACAUUUUAGUGGUCAGUGCAUAUAAAAAAUAUGGUUUCUGACCUGACAGGCAAUGAAUGCCUCAUUCCUAAGCAGGUACAUCUACCAGUAAGACUGCAGCAUUUAGCAGCCUUGAUUAGGCUUGCAAUAAACAUGUUCCUCUAUGAGGCACUUAGAGGCUCUUAUUUCCUAUUCUUUCUUCUGCUGCCCAGCCUGUGAACAGAACUAGAGUAAAUGCCCUAACUUUCCUUCUGUUCCCCCAGUAGGAGGGUAUUGGUGUUUUCUGUUAAAUCAGAUACUGCUUCACCCACAAGAGAACCAAGGAGAGUAGUGUGCAUAUCAUCUACAUAGAGGGAUAGUUGUUUCCCAGCUGUCCCUACUGGCCAGUCUAGGACAGGCAGAGAGAUCUGUUAGAACAGCCCUCCUGUCUCAGUCUCCUGCUGUUCACCAAAAAAUACCACCUUUCUCAUAAUGACCAUAAAGUAAGUCCUUACUUAGAAAAUGGUGCAGACAGGGGAAAAACAUUCCAGAUUUUGAAAGGGGACUCUAAAAUAAGCAUUGAAUUGAAACACAUACAAUGUGUAUUUAGUCAGUGUAUUUGAAGUUUCAGAUUUGAAGCUCAUCUCUGUGCAUUCCAGUCCUGCUACUUGUAAAUGGGAUUGUGCUGUCUUCAGUAUGUAUAUGUUUAUGUUUAAAGGAAAAUUGAUGUGACAAGUGUUUUCAGAGCUGUAGACAUUUAAGAGCAUAUGGUUACAAGGCCUUUAUUCCUUGUUCAGACUAGCUGCUAUUGCAUUUUUUUUUAUUUAAGUUCUCUGUAGCCUCUUAAAUUAAUUCCUUUUAGUUAGUUGUUCUCAUAGUAGGUUCAAGCUGCCAACACUACUUUUUUAAUUGAGAUGGUAGUUUAGCACAGAGAAUUAAGAUUUUCCUGGUUGUGAUUCCCUUAGACACCACUCAUACUGGGACUGAGCAAAUGAUUUUAACCAUGUGCCCCAGGGUCAUCCUUGAAAAUCAGGCACUUCAACCAAAUGGCUUUGCCUCAUUAUGUAAAAAAAUAGUUUUGUCUCAAACUAUAUUAAAAAAAAACUUGGUUUCCCCAUUGUUGAAUAUAAUUGUAAUAAGGGGAAAACAUCUCCACAGUUCCACAGAAAAGUAGCAAAUGACCUUUGCCAUAUCAAGUUUUGUCUUUCUGUAAACCCUAGAUUAUUUGCUGCUUCUUUUUCAUGAUAAUCUUUGCUUCAACAAUUUAUAGUAUGUUGAGGAUUCCUUUUAACUGUUUUGAGUGCUAUAGUGACACUUCAGAACUGUAAGAGACCAUCAAAGUCAGUGUAUUUCAAAUUAGCCACUUUUUUUCUGAAACUGAACUUAAUGUGCUAUACAGACUUCUGGGGUUUGCAUCAGAGAUGUGGGGACUCACAAACCUAUCACUAACAACUCAAAAAUAAGUAUCCUAAUCAAGAUGAAUAUUCACUUUUCAGGUUGCAGAUUCAGUGGGUAACAUGGCUACAGCAUACCAAAUCAAUAUCUGAAUAUGUCUAUUACGAGUGCUCUCUCUGUUCAGACUGUGAUUUACAUAUGUGUAAAAAAUAUUUUAAUGGAGAAGCUAAGUGUGAAUAUGUCAUGUUGAAGUUUCAGAAGUUGCAAAGCAGACUUCACAUUAUGAUUUGUUACAAUAUGUGCAUUUUUAAGGGUUAGACUGCCAAAAGGGGUGUGGGAGGAAAUACUUCAAAAUGAAGGAAAUGCAGUGAAGGGGUGUAUUAAAAUAAAUUAAACUGCAAAGCCAUAGAUCCCAAGCGUAGCUAAUCCUACGCAGGGAACAUAAUUGUAUGUGUUUGUCUGUUGAUGGCCCACUCAUAACAGACUGCUUUGUUGCUGCUGAACGCAUGAUCUGACAUUUCCAUUUAUUUUUAUAAGUCUAAUACUGCACUUAGAGGUACUUUCAAAGGUAAUCACUACAGUAAUCAGCUGUACAGUUCUGCUGUAUCAAUGAAGGUACUGUUAACCAUAAUGUUAAAUUAUUUAUUUUUGUCUAACUGCAUUUCUGCUAAGUUGAAGACAAGUUAUUUCUUAUUUUGCAGUGUUUGCUUAAUCUAAAAGUUUAAUUCAGGGGAAGAUAUGACAUUUACUGUUAGGAGACGGUUAGAAAUUCUGCCAUGUUUCAAGACAUUUUUGUAUUUUUUUUCCAUAAGUGGCCAAAACUUUUGAAGAUUGCAACAUUCUACUUGUUUAGCACAUAAUCUAAUUAAGAAUUCGUAAUGUCCUCCCUGUUUGAGGACUAGACAAUGCUCAUGUGUACACAUGGCAUGUAGAAGGACAGGUACGCCGAAUACUUUCAUUUCCAGUUCUUUGAUUGCCCAACAUCAGCAUUACAGCACUUACCAGAAAUUUAUGGCCAUUUAUAUUUUGGUUUAUGAAUGACGGUUCAGUUUUUAUGCAGUAUAUCCCAUUUUAAGCCUUCUUUUACAUGUGUUUAAACAUUGUUUUACAAUUUAAAAAUGUAUAUUUUGUAAAUGUGCUCUUCCUUUGAAUACGUGUUACAAUGUUGGCAUUUAAAGAAGUAACACUGAAAGAUUAAAUGUUUAUCUAUAUCCAAGUGUAUUUUUGUUCCUUUUUUCAUCUUUAUUAUAUAUUUGUGAAUACACCCAACUUUUCAAGUCUGUUUGCACACCAGACUUCUUUGGGUCAAUGUCUGCAAGUCUUGUGACAUUUUUUGUGUGUAUGGGCAGUAACAAUGAACUAGCUGCACUAAUGUAUAUGCAGAUGUAUGCAUUCAUUACUUCUGGAUUGUCAUAUUGCAAGUAAUCAAUUUCAUGAUUAUAGUUAAUAAAUUUAUUUCUCACA